AUGGUUUCCAAUGCCAGCACUGCGGGCGUGAAGAAACCGUCCAAGGGUGAGCCCAGGACAACCAAACAUAGCCAAGAGCAGCUGGAACAGCUCCUUGACGAGGCACAAAGCGGAGGGAUUACCAAUGGAGAGGGUCCGAGUGCUGACGAAAAAGUGUCUGCUGCACCGGGACCCGGGGACGGCCGACAAUCUCCAGACAGGGAGCAGCCACUUCAAUCAAAUUCAAACCAAAAUGGCGAUAUUUCAGGAGGUUUUCGCAGCGAAACACAGCAUGCGGACGACUCUCCGUCGAGUGAUGUGGACAUGUCGGACGUUGAACCCCAAACCUCCGGCAAGUCGGUCUCUGCUGGUCCCACGGGAGCACGCGCACGUGGCUUGGAUGAUUCAACCAACGACAAGCAACUACUUGUGGACUUUCAGCAGAUGAGCAUAAGUGAACACCGUCACUCAAAGAAGAAAAGACACGAAGAUCCCCAACCAGGCGACAUAGAGGCGUUCGGUGGCCAAUCGAACAACCGAUUCUUUAUUUUUCGAGUUGGCCCCAUCAAGGCCCCCAAGUACGUGUAUCGAAGGACAAAUGCGUAUAGCACAAAGGGUUUGAAGAAUCUUUCAUUCGCCAACAAUCGGAUUUCCAAGCUCAGAUACGAAGCCGAAAACGGGGAUCAACAUUGGCAAUAUACAAAAGAUAAUAUUGUUGGGGUUAGAGGCAUCGCCAUUGAUGAAACGGGGAACAGCCUCAGGAGCCCACAUACAUGGAUCAAGAUCGAAUGGAUGGAUAUCAAAAAAGAGCACCAGGCCUUGUUAGGUGAAGAAUGCAACUGGACAACGAGAUCGGAUGUGAUCCGAUUGAUGGGCCCGAAACUGGCCAGCUUGGUAAUCCACGCAGCCUGGGACGCGCAGGAGACUCUACACCUCGAGGCGAUCAAUAGUGAGGGUAAAUCAGCUCAUCGCCCACUUACGCCAUGUCCUUUAGCUAUGUUCGAGGACAAGAAAAUCAAGCGAGAAAGAUCUGACUCGCCGCAUCGGUACGAAUCAUCCUCGGUCCUGCUGAAGCCCCUUUCGUCGGCCCCCAAGAGCCAUUCCAGCAUCUCAGGUACCAAUCCGGUCACAGGUAUCAAACAAGAGCCAGAGGAGGAACCCCGCUCCUCCAUUGAGGAUGCGCCUGCACCGAAUGCCACCCAGAAUGAAAGCAGCGGGGGCAGCCAAAACAAGAAAAAGGCACCUCAGAAAUUCAACAUUCACACCUACAUGGCGAAUGUGGAAAAGUUGGAAAAGUGGAACACUUUCACCAAAGACGAGAGAGAAGAGAAAUACAGAAAGGCGUUGGCUCAUUAUGAUCAUUACAAAGAGGAGAGGCUGCUCAUGGGCGAUGAAGAGGCUGAAGAAGAACUCUGA